UAGGCAAGUGUUUUAAUAUAAUAUAUUGUGAGUGAUGAAUUCUAGAUUAAGCAAGAAAAAUAAACAUAUGCCAUGUUCAGCAUGCAAGCUGCUUCGUAGGCGUUGCACUAAAGAUUGCAUUUUCUUGCCUCAUUUUCCACCUGCUGAACCACAUAAAUUUAUUGUUGUUCAUCGUAUUUUUGGUGCUAGCAACAUCACCAAAAUGUUACAACAGGAGAUACCAAUGGAUAAUAGAGAAGAUGCAGUAAUCAGCAUGGUUUAUGAAGCUACAGCAAGACUCAGAGAUCCAGUUUAUGGCAGUGUAGGCAUUAUUUCUGCCCUCCAGAAACACAUAUUUCACUUGCAAUCCGAGUUAAACGAAGCUUCAGCUGAAGCAAUGUCUCUCAGAACACAAUUAUCCAAUGCUUCAACAUCCUUACCCUCAUCGUUACUGGAAGUUUCUCCAUUCACUCCCGAGAACCACGAGUUUCACCAUUCCCAGAAGUCGAGCCAGCAAAAUGCAUAUUCUAAUAAUGACUUGCAGCUUCUACUUCCAGAAGCAGCAGACUAUUGUUUCCAAGAAACUGAUCAAGUUCUUCCACUGCCUUACUAGAAGAACAUAUAGUUCUCCCAAUAUGGACAACAGAAUGUCAAUAUUUCCCUUUCAUUUAACAAACACAUUCUCAUGUUUUCUCCUUCCAUUGUUGCUCAUCUAGUAAAAAAUUGUAAGACAUUACUACAGAAACUGUACUGCAUGAAAUUGAAACCAAAUAAGAUCACAAUUUCAAACAAACUAUGAAAGAAAGGUCACUGAAAAGUGUGCAUAAUCAUCGUCAUUGACACAUUUCAGUAUCAUUAACCGAAAGCCAAUCCAAACAGGCACAUAAAUACCUCGAUGAUGACAAUAACCCACAAAAUGUAACUAUGAUGACUGCCCGUAAAAGGGCUUGUAAAAAGCCUGGGCAUUCUAAUCAAAGAGAAUCUUCUUAUGCAAUCAACAACAAGAAGAUACCCAGUGAAAUAACACGAGUGGGGUCUUGGAAGGGUAGAGUGUAAGCAGACCUUACCCCUACCUCUACCUCGUGGAAGUAGAGAAGCUAUUUCUGAAGGACACUCGGCUCAAGUGCAGCAAAUCAAAAUAGUUAUGAAAAGGAAAAA